ACAACAGAAGUCAAGGAAAACCCCAAAAACUUUCAGGCUUUUGAGUUGAGGACUUUUGAUUGAAUUAUCCUUUUGUCUUCUUGUUUGGUUCCUUACUCUUUUCUCCCAGAAUAUUCUUGUGGUCGGUUUCCUGAGACUGCGGUUCUGAUUAAUUUCCUAGAAUUGCUUGUCUGCUUGACAAAUGGUAGUUCAAGUGAUGAAUAAAGUAGGAAAAUAUGGUAGCAGGAGUGUAGGCCGGCUGUUUGGGGGUAUGAGUGAUUUUCUGAGAAGAUGCUUGUUUCGUGUUUUGUCUGUUGGUCCUAUCCCCAGUCAUUUUGCCUUUAUUAUGGAUGGAAAUCGAAGGUAUGCUAAGAAGCAGUGUCUGGAAGAAGGAGAUGGACAUAAGGCUGGGUUCACGGCACUAAUGUCCAUGCUUAAUUUCUGCUAUGAAUUGGGAGUGAAAUAUGUUACUGUCUAUGCCUUCAGCAUUGAAAAUUUUAAAAGGAACCCUGGUGAGGUUCAGUCCUUAAUGGAUCUGAUGUUAGAGAAGAUUGAGGCUUUGGUCAAGGAAGAAAGUAUUGUGAAUCAGCAUGGUAUCAGGAUUUAUUUUAUAGGUAACUUGAAGCUGUUGGUUGAGCCUGUCCGGGCUGCUGCAGAAAAGGUGAUGAAGGCUACUGCUAAUAACAAUAAGACUGUGCUUUUAGUCUGCAUGGCCUAUACAUCAUGUGAUGAGAUCGUUCAUGCUGUUCAGGAUUCAUGUGAAGAUAAAUUUGAUGAAAUUCAAGGAAUAAAUAGGAAAAAUGCUUGCAAUAGGAUGAUUGAAGAAAGAGAAAUGGACCAGAAGACAAACAUUGUGAGUUUAUAUGAUGUCAAAGAAUCAUGCAAAGAUGGAUCAGAUGAAUCACAAGUAUCAAGGGCAAUUACAGGUUGUGAUGGGCAUCAUAUCCAAGGAUUCAGUGAAUGCAAGUGCAAUGAAGUCGAAACAUUCAAGACUCGCAAAAUGGAUAAACCUGCUAGUAAUGAUGUUGAGGGGAGUGAGGAGCAGCAUUCUGUGAUAAAGCUAACUGAUAUUGAGAAGCACAUGUAUAUGGCGGUGGCACCUUAUCCUGAUAUAUUGAUUCGAAGUUCAGGUGAGACUCGCUUAAGCAAUUUCCUACUCUGGCAGACCAGUCAUUGCCCACUAUAUUCUCCCAUUGCAUUGUGGCCAGAGAUUGGUUUAUGGCAUCUGGUUUGGACAAUUUUGACCUUCCAAAGAACACACUCUUAUUUGGAGAAGAAGAAGAAGAAGCAAUUAUAGCAGUCAUACUGGAAAUCAAAUUAGCCAAUAAAAAAGUUAUUUACAAAUUGCCAACCAUACACGGUUCCUUCUGGAAUAAUAUCAAAUUCUUGUUCGUUGAGCAAUAAUUUCAGGCGAUUUGUUAUGUUUAAUCAUGAUCUUAAGUGAUUAUUCAUGUUCACUUAAUCACUGUACUUUUAUUUUCAGCAUUUCAUUGUCUAUUAGGUUGAUCCUUGAAAUAGUCUAGUUAGCAUAGAUGAGUCAAUAUGUUGCUUGACUGAGCUGCUGCAGUGGUCUAUCAAUUACAGCUACGGUAUGAAAACCAACUUACACCUAUAUUCCCAUUUUUUUCUUGCUUCUGGUAAGGAAAAUAACUUUAAACACGGUUU